CUGCUUGAAUUGGAAAUGUUUGUGGGCUCGUAAGGGUAGCCAUCUUUGGUAAAGUGUACAAGAAAAUACCGGUACACUCGUACAGCAAUCCAAAUUCAUCCUCGUUAUCAAAGGAGUUUUUAAAAAUUUUAGCUAGAAUAUAUCAUCCUUACUCCUUGAACUAACGUUGUACAAUGCCAGAAGCUAAGUCUACGCAAGCCGCGAAGCCAAAUGGUGGUCAGAAGAAGAGUGCCUUCAAAGACAAGGAGAAGCCAACAGAGAUUCGUAUGACUAAUAUUACUGCAGCAAAAGCUGUUGCAGAUGCUGUUCGCACGAGUCUUGGUCCAAAAGGAAUGGAUAAAAUGAUUCAGGCUAGUAAUGGGGACGUGACUAUAACCAAUGAUGGGGCAACAAUCUUAAAACAAAUGCAAGUCCUUCACCCUGCUGCAAGAAUGCUUGUUGAGCUAUCUAAAGCACAAGACAUAGAAGCAGGAGAUGGUACAACAACUGUUGUUGUUAUCGCAGGAAGUCUUCUUAGUGCAGCUGCUAAGAUGUUAGAAAAAGGUAUCCACCCCACGACAGUCUCAGAAGCUUUCCAAAAAGCCUCAUGUAAAGCUGUUGAGAUCCUCACCAACAUGUCAACUCCUCUUAGUCUAAAUGACCGAGAAUCAUUACUAAAGAGUGCCACCACAGCACUCAAUUCCAAGGUUGUGUCACAGAAUUCAAAUCUCCUGGCCCCAAUCGCUGUUGAUGCUGUACUCAAAGUAGUGGACCCUAAGAUAUCAGAUAAUGUUGACCUUAGGGACAUAAGAAUUGUCAAAAAACUUGGCGGUACUGUAGAGGACACAGAGCUAAUAGAAGGAUUGGUUCUGGAACAGAAGAUAUCUCAUUUGGCUGGUGGUAUAUCCCAAGUAGAAAAAGCAAAGAUUGGUCUCAUUCAGUUCUGUAUCUCACCACCCAAAACUGAUAUGGAGAACCAAGUUAUAGUUAGUGACUACACUCAGAUGGAUCGUGUGUUGAGAGAAGAAAGGCAAUAUAUCCUGGAGAUCUGCAAGAAGAUCAAAAAGGCUGGAUGCAAUGUGCUUCUUAUUCAAAAGUCUAUAUUGAGGGAUGCUGUGAAUGAUCUUGCGCUGCAUUUCCUCAAUAAAAUGAAGAUUCUUGUUGUCCGCGAUAUAGAGAGGGAUGAAAUAGAAUUCAUUUGCAAGAGCAUUGGGUGUAAACCUGUUGCUAGUUUGGAUCAUUUCACACCUGAAAUGCUAGCAUCUGCUGAACUAGUUGAAGAGGUUCCUGUUGGAACUACCAAAGUAGUCAAGAUAACUGGAGUAACAAACCCUGGUAAAACAGUAAGCAUACUAGUGAGAGGUUCGAACAAGCUUGUGUUGGAAGAAGCUGAUAGAUCAAUUCAUGAUGCUCUGUGCGUCAUUAGAUGUCUAGUCAAGAAAAAGGCACUCAUAGCUGGAGGUGGAGCCCCUGAAAUAGAAGUUGCCUUACGACUAGCCCAGCAUUCCCAGACACUAACUAGUACAGAUGCAUACUGUGUGCGUGCUUUUGCCGAGGCCUUAGAAAUCAUCCCUUACACCCUCGCUGAGAAUGCAGGCCUGAAUUCAAUCGCUACUGUGACUGAGCUACGAAACAGACAUGCCCAGGGAGAGAUCGCUGCUGGUAUUAAUGUUCGAAAAGGUACUAUUACCAACAUCCUAGAAGAGAAUGUUCUUCAGCCUCUGCUGGUAUCAACCAGUGCGAUUCAGUUGGCAGCCGAGACAGUGCGAAGUAUUCUGAAGAUUGAUGAUAUCGUGAACGUGAGAUGAUAAAUUAACAACACGUUGAAUGAAUCAAACGCUACUAAACCACUGAUACUUGCAAUUCCUGCAAAGACUGGUGUGCUAGAUACUUUCAGCUGGACAUGUACAAGCGUGUUGUAGUAAUAUAAUUCUUUAAAAAUAUGUUCAGUCAUAUUUUUCAAGUUAUUUGCGUGUGCUUACUUCACAAGUAAAGUGUAUUAAUUUUGUACUGUAGAGAACACCCGUGAAGUCAUUAAAACUGUCGGGUUCGAUUCCCGGACUCGGCCGGCAUCACA